AGCCCACCCCUCCUCUCUCAGAGCCAACGCAGCCCGCAAGAGAUAUGGUGCCGCCGCGAUGGUGACCCUCCAAGUAUGGUGGCAACACAGGAGUUAUGGUGUCGCCCCGUGAAGUAUGGUGCCAGCGGGGGGCAGGAUGGUGUUGGCACAGCUCAUGGUCAUGAACCACUUUCUUGUCAGUCUGUCUAGCACGUCCAGCGAGGCAGCCAGCUUCGAGAGUGCCAAGAUGUCGCCUGCGGAAACUUCGUGCACUGAAGGCUGUGCCCUGUGUUCUCCUGUGAACGGGUGUCUGUCGUGCAACCCUUCCUUCGCCCUUCUGCUGCGUCGCCAAGGACCACGCCAAACGGCCUCCUGCAGUAGGAUCUGCCCCAGAGGAUUCUACAGAGUCAGUGUGGAUGUUUAUGCUUUCUGUAGGAAAUGCACAAUCAUUGGCUGUGUCUCCUGCAAUAGCGCCGAUCUCUGCACAGCUUGCGACCGAGGCUAUGACAAUGCCUCUGGCUCGUGUGUCUAUCGAGGUGAAGAGACCACGAUCGACCCCGAGACGUCCACUCUGCAACUACUUCAACAAGACCUCAGCCACGCCGUUUCGAGGACCUUUACCAGUACCCCCGUUGCAACCAGUACAAGUACCAGUGCUAACAGUCCAUUACAGAUACCAAAUACUCUUUUCAGUGAACCGUUAACAAAUCCGCCGAUGUAUGAGACGAGAUAUCACUCAGUUGCAGAAAUAGCAAUGUCACAAACAGAUGGGGUUUCUGCAACAUGGGGGGCAACAAGCACACCUACAAUCAUUGCAAACGAGUUUACUGAUGUUGCGACAGAUGCCUCGAUAAGAGGAGGAGGAGGAGGAGGAAGAGGAGAGGUAGAAGAAGAAGAAGAGGAAAAAGAAAAAGAAGAAGAAGAAGAAAAAGAAGAAGAAGAAGAAAAAAUAAGAGUAGGAGAUGGAGGAGAAGUAGAAGGAGGUGAAGAAGGCGAAGAGGAAGGAAAAAGAGGAGAAGAUGGAGGAAGAGGAGGAGGAAGAGAAGAAGUAGGAAUAAGAGGAGGAGGAAUAAGAGGAGGAAGAGGGUCGUCCGAGAGAACCACGAGUGCAACAACAAGUACAAAUCCCAACGUGCCUGGCGUCGUCAGCGAAGAAACGACCACGGAGGCAAAUCCCUCUCAAUCCAGCCAAAAAACCACCCUGCGAUUCCCAACCACGCCUGAGAACGACUCCAGCGACCACUCGGGCAGCGACGACUCUCCCACGACGGAGGGGACGCCGACGACGACGCUGACGACGACGACCACGACCACGACGAAGAUGGCGGACGCGAAUCGGGCCGAAAAACCGUGCCGGAGAAAAUGGCGCCUCUGGAGGGAGAGAUACCGGAGGCUUUUCUGCAGAGUGGCGGAGAAGCGGAGGAAAACACCCAGGCACUGCAAGCACCGCAGAAAAAUGUGCCAGCGACUGCGACACAGCAGAGACAAGCACAAAGCCAGCGCUCGAGGCCAGAAGAAGGCCCUCGAGAAGCAGCAGGCCACUUGCGGGAGUCUCAGGACGGACGCGCCGCUCGCUGCCACGGCGGCCGCGGCGCUCGGGUGCUGGGGCGUCGCGGCGGCGCUCGGCUCGCGCUGGCUGUAGGGGCGCCGGCGGGCUCUAGGGGCGCCGGCGGGCUCGAAGGGGCUCGCGCUGGCCCUGGCCGUUAAUGAUUUUAUUUAUUACCAUA